CAGCGGGACUGGCCACUGCCUGGGGCGCGGGCACGUGUCGGGGGCAACCCCAGCUGGGGGUGGGGAGACGAGGCCGGCCCCUCCCCGGGCACCUGGCGCGGCGGUCGGGACCCUGGGCCCCAGGUGCGCUUUGCUCCGUGAGGGAUUUUCCGGUCCCGUGGGCAAAGGGACAACCAGGAACUCAAGCUCAGUCUCCACCCCGAAGUGGGGCGGAUCCGCCCAGGAUAAGACCCGCUGUCCGGCCCGACCAGGGUGUGACCUCCGCGGCCGCAGAGGACGAGCCCCAGCCCGGUCUCGGCACGAGAGAGGAACAUUUGCUGGGGUGACUGAACUCCGAUCUCGACACAGAGUCAUGGCCAUGGCCACCAAGGGAGGUACCGUGAAAGCUGCCUCAGGAUUCAACGCUGCCGAAGAUGCCCAGAGCCUGAGGAAGGCCAUGAAAGGGCUCGGCACCGAUGAAGAUGCCAUUAUCAGAGUCCUUGCCUACCGCAACACCGCCCAGCGCCAGGAAAUCAGGACGGCCUACAAGAGCACCAUUGGCAGGGACCUGAUAGACGACCUGAAGUCAGAACUGAGUGGCAACUUCGAGCAGACGAUAGUGGCGCUGAUGAUGCCCACGGUGCUGUACGACGUGCAGGAGCUGCACAGGGCCAUGAAGGGAGCCGGCACAGAUGAGGGCUGCCUGAUCGAGAUCCUGGCCUCCCGGACCCCUGAGGAGAUCCGGCGCAUAAACCAGAUCUACCAGCAGAAAUAUGGACGGAGCCUUGAAGAUGACAUUUGCUCUGACACGUCGUUCAUGUUCCAGCGAGUGCUGGUGUCUCUGUCAGCUGGUGGUAGGGAUGAAGGAAAUCAGCUGGAUGAUGCUCUCAUGAGGCAGGAUGCCCAGGACUUGUAUGAGGCUGGAGAGAAGAAAUGGGGGACAGAUGAGGUGAAAUUUCUAACUGUUCUCUGUUCCCGGAAUCGAAAUCAUCUGUUGCAUGGUAAGGCACUUACCUCACUUCCCAAAGAAACUAUUCGAAAGACAGUGAAAACUUCUUAUCUGUAAUCUUUUCAUUUCUUUUUUUUCUCUACAGUAAAGUGUAUGAGGAACAAACAUGCAUAUUUUGCUGAAAGGCUUUAUAAAUCAAUGAAGGGUUUGGGCACGGAUGAUAACACCCUCAUCCGCGUGAUGGUUUCUCGAGCAGAGAUUGACAUGAUGGACAUCCGGGCACAGUUCAAGAGGCUCUAUGGAAAGUCUCUGUACUCUUUCAUCAAGACAUUUAAACCUUUGCCAGGAUAG